UAUAUAUAUAUAUAUAUCGCUGUUGUAGGAACAAAACCUUGUAUCUCCAUUUUUGGUGUUUUUAAUAUAAUCUGAAAACAUCUGUUGCCUUUAACAUUAUUUGUAAAUUUCAUGACGAUUGGACCAAAAGAAACGGCCAAAAAUAAUUAGGAAAAAACGUCUGGUUCCAUUGACUUCCAUUAAAAGUAAAGAGGGUUUUCUCCUUCUCCUGUAAAGCUAACGUUUUGGAGAUAUGAGGUUUUCCUCAUUCAACAGUGACUUAUUUAUAGUUAUAGUUGACAUAUUUUAUCCACAUGGAAACGAUGUACACGUCUGAAUCAAGUACGUUCAACACUGCACUUUCUUCAGUGUAUGAAACACAUCUGGACCGUACAGCGCUCUGGACCGUACGGCGCUCUGGACCAUACAGAGCUCUGGACCAUACAGUACUCUGGACCGUACAGAGCUCUGGACCGUACAGUGCUCUGGACCCUACAGUACUCUGGACCGUACAGAGCUCUGGACUGUACAGCGCUCUGGACCAUACAGUACUCUGGACCAUACAGUACUCUGGACCGUACAGAGCUCUUGACCGUACAGCGCUCUGGACCGUACAGUGCUCUGGACCGUACAGCGCUCUGGACCCUACAGUACUCUGGACCGUACAGAGCUCUGGACCGUACAGUGCUCUGGACCCUACAGUACUCUGGACCGUACAGAGCUCUGGACCGUACAGUGCUCUGGACCGUACAGCGCUCUGGACCGUACAGAGCUCUGGACCGUACAGCGCUCUGGACCGUACAGUGCUCUGGACCGUACAGCGCUCUGGACCGUACAGAGCUCUGGACCGUACAGCGCUCUGGACCGUACAGAGCUCUGGACCGUACAGAGCUCUGGACCGUACAGUGCUCUGGACCGUACAGUGCUCUGGACCGUACAGCGCUCUGGACCGUACAGCGCUCUGGACCGUACAGCGCUCUGGACCAUACAGUGCUCUGGACCAUACAGUGCUCUGGACCGUACAGCGCUCUGGACCGUACAGUGCUCUGGACCGUACAGCGCUCUGGACCGUACAGCGCUCUGGACCGUACAGCGCUCUGUCCCUGUGUCUCUUAAACACAGUCUUCUCCUGAGAGAGCAGACUGAGGACCACAGGCCUGAUAUUAAUUGAUGUUAAUUAAUUAGUGCUGUACUGUUCAGUUGGACCUUGUAUUGUGGUCGUGAGGGAAGCUGAAGAAGGAAAGUGGUUUUAAAUCUUCUUUGAUGUCUGAACACUGUCGUAUAUACUCGAUCUGAAGCGAUCUGAAGACCUAAGACGGGUUCAGUUUGGUAAAAUCUGCCGAGGCCUCAUGGCCGCUGUUAAAAUCACGAGAGCUGAGAAUCAUCCAAAAUGCACGCACUGUAAACUUAGAUGGAGAAUUAACUUUCAAACGGAUGUUUUAAGCACUUUCUAGCCCUUUUUGACCUAAAAAUCUUUGGGCCUCGUUCUCUGAAAGCUUCUUAAGUGUGUUCUUGAUGAAGAUCCUGAGAAAAGGUCCCCGUCAGAUUCAUGACGUGUUCUCAAAGCGCAGAACCGUUCUCACCUUUGUGCUCUCGAGUGUGUGUAGAUUCUGUUCUUACCUGAGAACAAACCCACACAGAGAACAUCGGUGAGUCCGAAUCUUUGUGAAAGUGGGUUUAAGAGGAAAGAGCGCUUGGAGAAUGAGGCCCAGUGUUCUGGUUGCAUCUACCGAUGGUACACACAGCAAUACAGGCAACACUGAUCAGUCGAUUAGAUCUUCUCUUUGUGGUUCAACCGUCAUGAUGGUGCAAUAAACAGCUGUUUUAGUACCAACGGCAGGUAGAGACACUUUUCUACACGUGCGGUCACACUGUAAACACACGACCCCUCACGGUGAUGUCGAAUCCAGCUGACUGAGUCUUUACUGGCUUUUAUUUGUGUAACUUUAAGCCAUUCAUUCUCUUACUCUCUCUAUCUCUUUCUCUCUCUGUGCUAUUACGUGAGCCAUUCUGUUGAGAUUGAUGUACGAGAUGGACACUGUUUGGGUCACUUUGAAAAGUGAUGGCAUUUUUUUUCCAUCUCCUGCUCCAGGCUCUUGUUAAGAUUAAAUUAAUAUGUAAAAGAGGAAAAAAAAGAAAUGGUGAAAAAUAAAUAAAUAAACGAAACAACGAGUUAAAUAAAGGUACUUAAAGCAAAAACAGCACAGUGGAUCGCUGUUGGCACUCGACAUUUUAAAGCUACUCUCUGUGUAUAAAUACUUAUAUGUAUGUGGUUGAAAAUAAACAAUUCCUUUGACCCGA